UUUUAAUUUAUCUCCAUGUGUAAAUCAAAGAUGGUCUCGAGCGCUACGAGGGUGAUUCAAGUGACCAAUAUCGCUCCUCAAGCGACUAAAGACCAAAUGCAGACAUUAUUUGGUUACCUAGGAAAAAUAGACGACAUUAGGUUAUACCCAACGAUUAGAGAUGUAUCCUGCCCCGUACAAUCGCGUAUUUGCUACGUUAAAUAUUAUGACUCUGCAACGGUCAAUGUUGCUCAACAUAUGACAAACACCGUAUUCAUAGACCGUGCUUUGAUCGUAAUCCCAAUGCAAUCUGGCGAAAUUCCUGACGAACACAAGGCUCUGGAAAUGUCAAGUAAUGGAACACUAGUCCCAGGACUUAGCACGGUCGAGCCGCGUCUACCAGCACAUGUUGUUAAUUCAUUAGAAGGUGUCCCGCCAAAUCAAGUUAUACAAACUUAUGAUCCCAAAAUGGCUGCAGCGGGCCUGCCAGCUUAUCCACCACUACCAGCAGCAUAUGAUUCUAGGAAAAUAGAAGAGAUUAGAAGGACGCUUUUGAUUAUAGAUGUGGGUUCUCUGACCCAUCAGCAACUUGUAGAUCACUUCUGUCAAGCAGGUGAAAUAAAUUAUUUGCGCUUCUGUGAAAGAGAUGCGGAUAGUCUUAAGUACGCACUAAUUGAAAUGACGGAACAAGAAAGUGUUCUCAAGGCUCUUCAGUUAAAUGGAACAACAAUUGAAGGACAGACUAUAAUGGUGCAUCACGCUACUCAGGCUAUUUCAAAGCCUCAAACGAAGAGUAAUGAAGCAGCCCAGAGAGAAAUAGAAGAAGCCAUGUGUCGAGUAAAAGAAGCUCAGAACUUAAUAUCUGCUGCUAUAGACCCUGUCAUAGGAUUGCUGUCCAAAGACAAAAGGAGGACGCGUUCUCGCUCUCGUUCGCGCCGGCGCUCGCGAUCGCGCUCUCGUCGCUCCCGCUCGCGACACCGCAGCAAGCGAUCGCGUUCGCGCUCGCGUCACCGGUCGCGACGGUCGCGCUCGCGACACAGGCACCGUACCAGAUCUAGAUCGCGUCAUCGCAGUUCUCGUCGGUCUCGCUCAAGAUCUCGCCAUCGUAGCUCACGAUCUAAACGUGACAAAUCCCGUGACCGCGACCGCAAAGACAAAAAGGACUCUGAUAAAGACAAGAAAGAUAAAGACGAUAAAGACAAGUCCAAAACACCACCCAAAGAGGUCGAGAAAGAAGAAAAAGAAGAAGUUAAAGUUGAAAAUCCGGUGUCUGAGACUAAUGGAACAUCCGAAACAAAAUCUAAAGCUUCCACGCCUGCUGAGGACAAAGAAAAAAGUGUCGAGGUCGAAAAAGAUAAAGAUAGUAAAGAUAAAGAAAAAGAAAAGGAUAAAGAAAAGGAGAAGGACAAAGAUAAAGAAAAAGAAAAAUCACCUAAGAAAAGGGAUAGAUCGCGCUCUAGAGACCGUAAGCGAGAUCGCUCACGAUCUAAACGUAGAUCUCGCUCUCGAUCGCGUAGGAAACGCUCCAAGUCUCGCAGGAGAUCACGAUCGCGUGAUAGAAAAAGAUCAAGGUCGAGGGACAGGAAGAGAUCAAGAUCGCGAGAUAGAAAACGCUCUCGGUCCAGAGACCGCCGAAGAAGCAGAUCUAGAGAUAGAAAACGGUCUCGCUCAAGGGAUAAGAAGCGUUCGCGGUCUCGUGACCGUGAUCGUGAUCGCGAUCGCGACCGUGAUCGUGAUCGCGACCGUGAUCGUGACCGUAAGCGUUCUCGUUCACGCACCCGGAGAUCUAAAAGUCGGUCUCACAGAGAUUCUAAGACACCUCAUGAGAGAAAAUCUCGCGAUCGCUCGCCCAAUCUCUCGACAGUGACGGAGGAAAAGAACAAUACCGUUAUGGACAAGACUCUCGACAUGACUGAUGAGAAGAAUUCGCCAGACAAUAUGGACAUUUCCAAUUCCCCGUAGUUAAGCUGUUUCAAUAUCAUAAUUACCAUAGAAUAGGACAUGUAAAUGAUUUUUAUUUUGAAAUAUUUUUAUAAACGUCCUUAAUUGUAAUCUAGUGUUUUUCAUCUUAUUUUGUAGUAGGGAUUUUAAAAUUGGUUGAUAAGUUAAGAAUAAUAAUAAAUAAUAAAAUCAGAA